AUGGCUGAGUAUACGACCAUUUGGGAGAUGAAGAAGGAGGAUUUGGCGAUGAAGGGUAAACUCUCAAAGCUGGCUAUUCUAGACACUCUUCUAGCCAAAAAAGGACCACUUAGUGAGGCUGAAGAAGUGGUUAAGUUAUCCAUGGGACUUGAUUACAACUAUACUCAGCCUUCUGAUUCAGAUGAGUACGGUGGCAACACAGCUGACAAUGGGUACAACAAAACAGAAGAUCUAAUUCGUCAGGACCAAGCUGAGAUUGACACCCAUCGAGCGCCGGUUCAGUACCCUCCUCAACCCGAGGUUGAGUUCGGCUUCCCUCAAACAUGCUACUGCGGUGCUCGUCCACUUCUAGCAACAUCUCAAAGUAGAAAUGAGCCAGGUAGAUUGUACUAUACGUGUGCAAAUGUUGCUGAUGGAGAUUGCCAUGUCUGGAAAUGGUGGGAUGUGGCUGUAAUGGAGGAGAUGAGAGCCAUGGAUACUCACACACUUCAGUUGGCUGAGAAAGUUGAUUAUCUUGCCGGUAUGAGUGACUACCGGACAGAGCUUAACCAGAUUAAGGAUCUCCAAUACGAGACUGAGCAGAAAAUGGUAAGGCUAGAAAAGCUAGUGUCUGAGUUAGGUAAUAAGAAAUCAACGUCUACCAAUGGCUUUGGCUUUGAAUACUUUGUAGGUGUAAUCGUUAUUGUGUUCGUUUUAAUAGACUAUUUUCAGCCAUCAGAAGAUGCAGUCGGACGGGCUAGUCUAUCUCCGCUCCAAAAAUGUACCGCAGCAAUUCGUCAAUUAGCGUAUGGUGGUGGGGCUGAUACAGUUGACGAGUAUGUGCGACUUGGUGAAACAACAGCUCGAAAAUGUUUGUACCAAUUUACCGCCGGAAUAAUCCACUUGUUUGGCGAUGAAUACCUAAGACGUCCCACCCCGGAGGAUCUGCAAAGACUACUCCACAUUGGAGAACAACGUGGAUUUCCAGGGAUGGUUGGAAGCAUCGACUGUAUGCAUUGGGAGUGGAAGAAUUGCCCCACCGCUUGGAAAGGUACUAUGAACGAUCUUAAUAUUCUUGAUCGAUCACCUGUUUUUGAUGAAAUUAUUAACGGAAACGCUCCACAAGUCAAUUUCUAUGUCAACGGAAGUGAGUACCAUUUGGGUUACUAUCUCGCCGAUGGCAUUUAUCCGAAAUGGGGUACUUUUAUUCAAUCUAUCCGACUUCCACAAGGUCCAAAAAAUUGUUUAUUUGCUAAAAAACAAGAAGUCGUCCGAAAAGAUGUUGAGCGCGCCUUCGGAGUCCUGCAAGCUAGAUUCGCCGGUGUUAGAAAUCCAUCUAAUUUAUGGGAUAAAAACAAAAUAGGAAAUAUUAUGAAGACAUGUAUAAUACUCCAUAAUAUGAUUGUCGAAGAUGAACGAGAUUCAUACACUCAACACGCUUCAGAAUUUCAACAAGGAGAAGAUGUGGAUCAUACAUUUGUAGUCAAGAGGACUAAAAGUCUUGAUUAUCAUGCUCGUGUUAAGCCAGCCUCAAUAGCUAACCAACUGGGAGCUAGACCGCUUACAAAAUCUUAG